AUGUUUAUCAAAAUUACCUGCCUCCUGUGGUUGUUCCCAUGGCAGCAGUUCACAAGUCUCUGCCCACCUGAUUUGCACCCUCAUUCUUCCAAGUUGCAGGCAGCCCCGGGCGUGGUGCGGAAGACGGCGAGAUGGAACCAGCUGGAGCACAAAGCGUUCAUUGACACUUGCGAACUUGUCAUAGCUGAGGGUCACCGACGAGGCAAAUGCUUCUCCUCGAAAGGAUGGCAACGAAUAUCAGACCUGUUCAACUCGUCGACGGGGAAGGACUGGACGACAACGCAGAUGAAGAACUACUGGAAUAAACUGCGAACGGAUCACAAACUUCUGUUUGAGUUGUUGCGAUGCACUGGAAUUGAGUACCGCGGGGUACCGGAAGAAUUCACGCCGCUGACCAUUGGUGGGAAGCAAAAAUUAAGGUAUUUUUGCACAUUUUAA